AUGAGCGCAAAUCCACAAGUUCCCGAUGCAUGGGAUGAUGACUGGGAACCCCGAGCAGAUGCACUAGCAAACGACCCUACCCCGCCGACCGAGAAGAAAGUCUCGUCCAAAGUUACCAAAGCUCAGCGGAGGGCACAGCAAGCUGAAUUCAACCGACAACUAUGGGCAGAAGCGUAUGUGCUAUUUGCAGAAGACGAAAUAAUAGGGAAUCCCAACUCUGACAGCAUUUCCUACAGUGAAACCCCGCAAACAUUCCACUUUGUUGAAGCUCGUCCCGACGUACCCCUCAAACAGGAUAUCAAACCCGCUGUCACACUUCUUAGCCGGCGACCACAGCUGGCGACCCGGCAAUCAAGAAACUCCGGCAUUGAUGGAGCUACCACUGGGCUACGUCACCUAGGCCUGGAUGCUGCUGAUGACGACUCAGAAGACGAGGCUGAUAAAGCCCCCGAACCAACCUUUGAAGAACGGCAAGCGAUCGCUCUGAAGAACCGAGAAGAGAAGCAGCGCAAAUAUGAAGAAGCUCGAGAGCGGCUCUUUGGAAGCCCGUCCGCGAACAAUUCCGGGGCUUCAUCACCGGGGAGUACAACUCCACCCCGUCAGCAGUUCGGGGAGGGCAGGGGCAAAGGCAAAGGCCGAGGGGGUAACAGUCAUCAGAAACGAGACUCAUCUGCGGCCUCCAGUAAGUCGAAGCACCUCUACGACCCAACCACUUCAGCUAGGUCAAGUGGAUCGCAUCUACAAAGACGUGAUCGUCCCGGCGAUCGAAGUGAUUCUGAGAAGCCCAGUUCUCCUGCUUCUCCUGCUUCGCCCGCUCCGCAGCAACCUACUCGUCAUCCUCGGGGCCCCGAUGCAAGUGGAAGAGGUGGCUUUAAAUUCAACAGGGGUGCGAGAGGGAGCUAA